GAAGAAGAAGCUUCCCCCUCAUCCCUCAGCCCCCAGUUAACGAGCCAGCUUGAUAGCUUGGUACAAGGAGACCAAGAUUUCUUUCAACUAGCAAAUCUGGGACAGCGGACAAUGGCGAAAACCGUGCAGUUCAACAGUUCAACAGUUCAACAGCAACACGUUCAAAAACUGAAGGUAGAAGAUGCUUUAUCGUACCUCGAUCAAGUGAAAAUACGCUUUGGGAAUGACCCUGGGAUAUACAACAAAUUCCUGGACAUUUUGAAAGAAUUCAAGUCGCAAAGCAUUGACUUGCUUGGGGUCAUGAAUCAAGUAUCCCAGCUGUUCCAUGGUCAUCCGGACCUGGUCAUGGGCUUCAAUGCCUUUCUGCCCCCUGGAUACCGGAUAGAGAUCCCCAAAAAUGGGGUGGUGUCCCUCCAGUCACCACUGUCUGCCCAGGUAUUUAUGGUUGCCAGGAACAUGGCAACCAUGGCUGGGUGAGUCUCCGCCUCUCCUCCAGCAGGGGCUGGCUGCACUCAAGGAUGAGGCCGUGGCCUCGCUGGACUCCACCCCCUCGUCCUCCGGUGUCCCCGAGCCUCCCAAUAGGCUGUCCUUGGCCCUGCCUGGCCAGGAUGGACAGCCCGCGCCCCUCCCUUCCUCCUCAUCCCUGCUCUGCUCGGAGCCCAGUCUUGUGGAGUUUGUUAUAGGCCUGAGCAAAAACUUUUGUAUUCACCAUAAAAUAUUAUGCAGGCCUACUUUUUUGUAGAAUAAAUACGUUAAAUAAGUAA